AUUGUUGCCUUCCUGAAUAUUCCGUUUGUUACCAUUUCAGACUGUGUAGGAAGAGAGUGAAUAUUAACAUACAGAGGAGUGCGGGAUACUUUUGGUUUUACAACGCUCUGAUUGUUGUUACGAUGGAUUAUUGAUGAUGUCGGGUAUAACCAUGGAACAAAGAAGAUGCAAGCUACGAAAUGCGAGAGGAUGUGUGGUCGGCUGUGUGGUUGCUGUGCUUUUGUGGAGCGUGGCCUCGGCGCAAUCACGAUAUUCCAUCUCCGAGGAAGUUAACGAAGGAACUGUGGUUGGAAAUGUAGCGAAGGAUUUGGGAUUGGAUAAAAGCACACUGAGAGAGAGGAAGUAUCGGGUUGUUUCGAGUAACGCGGAUCCUCUUUUCCAUGUGAAUCAAAACGAUGGAAUCCUGUAUGUGAGCCGGAAGAUUGACAGAGAAGAGGUGUGCGCGCAGAGCAGUACGUGUUUAAUUAAUCUGAAAACAGUGUUAGAAAAUCCACUGGAGGUGCAUUAUGUUGAAGUGGAGGUGGUGGAUAUAAAUGACCAUUCUCCCACUUUCCCGGAAAAAGAUAAAACGUUAGAGAUUUCAGAGUCAGUGCUGCCCGGAGCACGUAUUCAGCUAAAACCUUCACGAGAUGGAGACAGUGGUCAUUUCUCCGUGCAGCAGUAUAAACUCAGCCACAACGAUCACUUCCGUUUGGAAGUUAAGGAUAAAGGAGAGGACGGUAAAAUACCAAUAUUGGUUGUUCAAAAACCUUUAGACAGAGAAACUGCAAAAAGCCACUCAUUAGUGCUGACCGCACUGGAUGGAGGGAAACCUCCAAAAUCUGGUACUAUGAAUAUUCUCGUAAAUGUUUUAGAUGUUAAUGAUAACACACCUGUUUUCUCUAAAGAAAUGUAUUCCGUGCUGCUCGAUGAAAAUGCACCAGUAGGCACAACGGUCAUACAAGUGAAUGCAACUGAUUUAGAUGAAGGAUCAAACGGAGAAGUGGUUUACUCGUUUAGUAACAGUAUGAAUCAAAAUAUGUUAAAUCUUUUUGACAUCAAUCCAUUAACAGGUGAGAUAACUGUUAAAGGUAUGAUAGAUUAUGAGGAGAAAGACAGAUAUGAAAUUGAAAUUGAAGCAUCAGAUAAAGGUCCGGCCCCUUUUGCAACAGACAUUAGCGUCAUUAUUAAGAUAGUUGACGUUAAUGAUAAUGCACCUGAGAUUGAAGUUACCUCAUUUUCUAGCUCCAUCCCUGAAGACUCCAGACCUGGAACUACAGUUGCCCUGAUCAGUGUAAAUGACUUGGACUCUGGGCUCAAUGGAAAAGUUAUUUGCGCUUUAAAUGAAGACGUUCCAUUUACUUUAUCCCCAUCCUUAAAAGACAAGAUGUAUUCAUUAGUGACCAAAUCCCCUCUGGACAGAGAGAAACAGUCACAAUAUGAGCUGACAAUAACUGCAAAAGACGCUGGUCAACCACCAUUAUCAUCUGAAAAGACAAUAAGCGUUGUUGUAUCAGAUGUGAAUGACAACAGUCCAGAGUUUUCACAGAGUCCAUAUACUUUCUAUGUGACUGAAGGUAAUGAGCCAGGAGUCUCUGUGUUUUCUGUUAAAGCUUUUGAUCGUGAUGAGAACAACAAUGCGCUUAUAUCCUAUCAUAUUGUCAGAGACUCAAGCACUGAUAACAAAUUGACUUCAUUUCUCAACAUAAACUCUGAAAAUGGAGAUAUUUUGGCGCUGAAAAGUUUUGACUUUGAAACAGUGAAAACUUUCCAGUUCCAAGUUGUCGCCACAGAUUCAGGAACUCCGUCACUAAGCAACAACGUGACAGUGAACGUGUUCAUUCUGGAUCAGAACGACAACGCUCCAGUCAUCCUGUAUCCAGUCAGCUCCAACGGUUCUGCUGAAGGUGUGGAGGAGAUUCCCCGCAAUGUCAACGCAGGACACUUGGUGACUAAAGUCAGAGCCUAUGACGCUGAUAUAGGAUAUAACGGCUGGUUACUCUUUUCACUGCAGGAAGUCACUGACCACAGUCUCUUUGCUUUGGACCGCUAUACAGGACAGAUCAGAACACUUCGCUCAUUCACAGAGACAGACGAGGCUGAGCAUAAACUGCUCAUACUGGUCAAAGACAAUGGCAACGUUUCACUCUCAGCAACAGCUACUGUCAUUGUCAAACUUGUGGAGCCCAGAGAGGCUUUUGCAGCUUCUGAUGUUAAAAGUGCAACUAAAGUUGACGAGGAGGACAAUGUGACAUUUUACCUCAUGAUAACUUUGGGCUCAGUUUCUCUACUUUUUAUCAUCAGUAUCAUCGUGCUGAUUGCAAUGCAGUGCUCCAAAUCCACAGACUAUACUUCCAAAUAUCUCCAAGAGGCUAAUUAUGAUGGGACACUGUGUCACAGCAUCCAGUACAGAUCUGGAGACAAACGCUACAUGUUAGUUGGACCCAGGAUGAGUAUAGGAUCUACUAUAGUCCCUGGCAGCCAUGCCAACACACUAGUGCUCCCUGACAGGAGGAGGGGAUCUGGAGAGAGGGACGAUAUGGCAGCUAGGAAAAAUAUCACAGAUAAACCUGAAAUGGACUGA